AUGUCAAACAAAGCCUGCUAUGUCGUCAGCGUUUCGUCGGAAAUCACACCCCCAGCGAGCGAUAAGCACGCAAACCGACGACUAGAACAACAGAAUCAGCAAGUCGACCUGCAGAAACGUACUCAGGUAAAGCAAGGCACCGAUCUUCAAUACCGGCCAGACCGGAUCGGCAAUGAAGUUGCGGCAUCACAUCUUGAUGAGACGCAAAGUCAGAUCGAUGAUAUUAUUACCCACGACAAUCCACCCGUACUCGAAAUGCAAGACACAGCCAUGACCAUGGAACGUCCGGGGUUCACGUUGAUGACACCAAUCUUCCAAUUGCAGUGCAAACCUUGA